UCGCAGAGUGAAAAAUCUGUCAAAUAUUAUUAUACGCACUAUUAAGAUAACUAACUAAUUAUAUUACUACUGUAUUACUACUGUACUAUAACAUAUGAAUAAUCAUCAUGGGACUACUCAGUAUCAUCAAGAAACAGAAGUUAAAAGAUAAUGAGAUCCGAGUGUUGGUAUUAGGAUUAGAUAAUUCUGGGAAGACGACUAUAGUUAAGAAUAUGAUGGGAGAAGAUAUAAAUAUCAUAUCUCCAACAAUGGGAUUUCAAAUUAAUACAUUAGUAUAUGGUAAUCAUACUUUAAGUAUAUGGGAUAUAGGAGGUCAAACAACAUUAAGAAGUUUCUGGGGUAAUUAUUUUGAUAAGACUAAUGUAAUAGUAUGGGUUAUUGAUUGUAUUAGUAUUGAACGACUACAAGAAUCAUAUGAAGAAUUACGAGAAAAAGUUAUAUUACAAGAUCGAUUAACUGGAAUAUAUCUUUGUGUAGUAAUAAAUAAGAUAGAUCUUAUGAAAGAUUAUGAUGAGAAUCAAUUACAGGUAUUAAAACAUACAGUUAUAGAUAAGCUUGAUCUUCAUAAUCAAGUUCCUCAGUUAGAUAAAUGGCUGGUUCAUUUAGUGAGUGGUAAAUCCGGUACGGGGUUAAAUGCCGUUUUGGACUGGAUAGUUACAAGAGAAGAUGAUACACUCACUCCUAAUGUAGUAGCAGAAAGUAUUCUAUUACAAUUACAUAAUUGUGAAACUGAAGCUAAUGAAAAUUUAAUUGAAAUAUUAGGACUCAUUAAACCUUCAAGAUCUUCAAGUUCAGUAUCUCUGAUAUCUUCAAUAGUUCGAGGAUUAUUUACAAAGAAUUCAAAAUUAUUGAUAUUACUUUCUAAUAGAGUUAAACUGAUUAAAGAUGGAGAAAUUGAUAUUAAAGAAGUUUAUAAAAGUUUUGUUAAUGAAUUUAUACUAUGGUUAGAUAUUGAUGUAAUUAAAUUAUUUCAAAAAUAUGCUAUAAUAAUUUCUAAUGGUUCAGAUGAUGAAAUAAAUCUUAAUCGAGUAUCAUUUUCUAAACCAAUUAUUCAUGUCAAUAAUUAUAUAAAUUUCAUUAUAAAAUCGAAUUCUAUUAUAAGAAAUCCCUUUAUAUUAGAUAAAUUAAAUUCAAUUAAAUUAAAUUUAAUUGAAAUUGUGGAAUCUUAUAAUAAUUCAAGAGAUAAUAGUGAAUUAAAUGAUAUUAGUUUUAAUAAUAUUCAAUUAUUUGGUCAAAGGAGAAAUGUUCAACUGGUUUCAAGUUUCUUUAAAAUAAAUCAAAUUGUGGAACGUACAUUAAAUGAGAAUAUUAUUCUACUUGAUAAUAAUGAUAAUAAUAAUAAUAAUAAUAAUAUUAAUAAUAAUAAUUCUUCAAUUGAAUUAUUACUUUUAAAUCUUUCAAAUUCAAAUACUAAUUCUUCAAGAUUUAAUGCUUUAGCAAUAUUAUCUCUUAAUAAAAAUUCAAGAUCACUUAUGUAUCCACCAUUUAGAAUUAAUGAAUUAUCAAUUUAUUGGGAUCAAGAUAUGAUUAUUCUUAAACCAAUUGAUUAUUUACCUUCAUCAGGUUCAAAUUCAAAGAUAAUUUUAAAAUUUAAUAGUGAUUUAUUAUUAGAGAAAUGGUGUCAAAAAUUAUUAUUAAUAUUCCCAUUUAGACAAAAUAAUUCUCCAAUUUCUGAUACUUUUUUAAUACUUCCUGAUCAAGAACCUCCUAAAAUGAAUGGUUUAGGUAUAGAUUAUGUAUCUGAUUCUUCAAUUGGUAAAUCAAUUACUCCAAAAUAUGAAUCUCCUAAAAUUUCAAAAGAAUUUAAAGAAGUUUAUUCUCCAAUUUCAUUUUCAAGUAAUGAAUCUCCAAUUUCUCAAUUACUUAAACAAUCAACUUCAAUACCUUGUGUAGAUGAUUUAAUUGAUUUAGGUCAACCUCCAACCAUUAAUAUUAGAAGAAAAUAUUCAGAUUCUUCUAUUUCUUCUGCAUUAUCUUCAGAAUCAAAUUCUUCUUAUCAUGAAAGAUCUUUACAAAUAAUUAAUAAGACUUUAUCUAAUACUUCUUCAAAAUCUAAAUUUAAACCUCCAAUUGAAGGAUCUGAAUCUGAUAAUUAUGUUAAAGAAAUUAAACGUUCAACAUUAUCUCAAACUUCUUUAGAUAGUGUAUUCCAUGAAGUUCCUAAAUCAUCUCAAGCAGUCAUUGAAAAUAUUCAAUUAUCUCCAAAACUUGAUAUAAAGGAAUCAUUUAAUAAUAGUACUUCUUCAUUACUUGAACCAUUUCAACCUCAAUCUCAACCUAAAACUAAUAAAUCUGCUUCUGUACCUGAUUUAUCAUUACCAUCUAAAAAUUCCGAAAAAUUAUAUCAAUUAUCUACUGGUUCAGCCAUUGAUAUAUCUAAUUUUGGUAAAAGUUAUACUCCUGCAUUCUUAUCAUCAGAUAAUUUGAAUAAUAAUGAAUCUUCUACAUCUUUAUCUACCGAAAAGACAAAGAAGAAAUCUUUCUUUGGACUCUUUAAAAAGAAUUCAAAACCUAAGGUUUCUGGAUUUGAUAUGGUUAAUUCAAAACCAGAUUCAAAACCAGAACCAAAAUCAGAACCAAAAUCAGAUGAAGUAAAGUCUGUUCCUCCUCCUAUUCCUCCUUUAAAGAAUAAGAAAUCUUUAGUGAUUCAAACAACUAUAGAAGAACCAAUAGAAGAAGCAUUACAUUCAUCAUGUUCUGAAAAUUCAAUUACUAAACCUUCAGCAAUUCCUUUACCAUUUGCCUUACCAUCAUCUACUUCUACAUACUUUUUUAAGCCUUAUGCUAAUGGUUCAUCAGUUAGUGUUGGUAAUUCUCAUAAUGAUUCUCAAACCAAUAUAUCAGUUCCUGAAGAAGAUUUAAGAAUUCCUCAGGAAUUAAAAGAUACUAUAAAUAAUGAUGAAUCUAUUGAUUUCUUUAUAACUAAUAAUAGUCCAAAGGCUAUGAUUAUUUCCAAAUGGAAAGAAAGAUAUGGUAAAUGGGAGAUGUUAACUACUAAUGAAAAGACAUUUGCUAAAAUCGUUGUUAAUUACGUUUUGAAUAAAAGUUGGUUAAUGUUCUUUAAGGAAGAAUUUGAUGAUGAAUAUGAAGAAGAUAUUGAUAAACCAAUUCUUUUAUUAGAUCUUAAUAAUCAAACUACUUUUAGAAAAUCUGCUUUAGAUCUUCAGAUAUCUUCUAUUAAUUCUAUAACAUCGGAUAAGAUGAAUAUUAUGAUAAGAUUCAAGAAUGGAUCAUUAUCAAAUCAAAUUGUUGAAAAUAUUGAAAAUGUAUUGGGAGUAUUAGCCACUAAAUCUAAAGGUAAUGAUUCAUUAAGAAGUUCUAAACUGGUUCUUUCUGAUGGUACGAUUACAUCAUCAAUUAUGGAUAAACCAAGUGCUUCAUCUACUUUAACCAGUAUAAAUACUAUUGGAAGUAUACCAAACAAUAUAAAAAUCCAUUCUCAUCCAGAAUCCAAUGCAUAUAAAGCUCAAAUAUUAGAUUCAGAUAAAACUACUGCUUAUGCAGUGUUAAAUAAUCCCGAGAAUUCUAAAUUAAUUAUGUUAAAUCUGAUGACAGUUAGACUUCAAAAACAAUUAGAAACUUAUAGUAAGAUUUCUGUACCAUCAUCAUGGAAAAUCCUUUCCAUGUAUUCAUUAAGUGUAUAUUUAAUAUCUGAUAAUUUCACAAAUAAAAACUAUUAUAAUUUGGUUUUAAAUAAUGAUGAAAAUACUGAAUCUGAUGAACCAUAUAGUUUCUUAAUUGCUGAUGAUGAAAGACAUAAUAAAUUAGAAAGAAUUGGACGAGCUGGAUUGUUGGUGAAGUUGAGUGAUUCAGAAAUUUAUAUGAUUGAAUGUAGAGGAAAGAAGGAAUUAAAGCAAUUGUAUGAGAAAUUUGCUUUAUGAUCCUAAUUUAAUUUAAUUUUUUAUGACUGUUUGCUUUAUUUGUUCUAUGUAAUUUAUUGUUCUUAUAUACUAUUAAUACAUAUUAAUAGACAUGAUGUUUUAAUUGUUU